UGGGUGUACUGUUGUAUAAGGAACAUUAUGAUGAGUUGAAGAAUUGUAUAUGGAAUUCUGAAACACCUGGAGAGUUCGAUGCAAGAUGGGCAACUAUUGUAGGAAACUCUAAGUUGUCUAGUAAUAAAUGGUUGCAGGACAUGUAUGAAAUUCGUGAUAGAUGGGUUCCAGCAUAUACGAACCACAUGUUUCUGCCUAUAUGACUAGUAGUCAAUGGGCUGAAAUUUCUCAUUCAUUUUUCAAGAGGUAUGUGUCCAAAAAAAAUUCAAUGAUGGAUUUUGUGACGCGAUUCAACAGGGCACUUGCCAAAGUCUGACAUAAUGAAUUGGAUUUGGACCAUAAAGAUGUAAAUGAGAAGCCUCAGUUGAAAACCUCGUGGGCAAUGGAAAAGAGAAUGAGUGAAAUAUAUACAUGGAGCAUAUUUGAGAGGUUUCAAGAGGAAAUCUUUCAAAUUAAUGCAUAUGUGGUUACGUUCAUACGCGAGAACGAACAUCGGUGUUUGUGGAAUGUUCAGAGAGAAGAAAUGGAAGGUGCGAGAAUUCGUGAGAUUUCGGUGGACAAGUCAUCAAACCGUGUCAGUUGUAGUUGUAAAAUGUUUGAAUUCAAUGGAAUUCCUAUCGGCACCUGUUGGCGUACCUGUUUCGAAUGCAAAUUAGGGAACUCCCUACUGAAUAUAUCUUGCAGAGGUGGACGAAGACAGCAAAAGCGGGUAGGGUGAUGGAUGACUUAGGUAGUGAUGUGAGAGAAAUAUGUAACAGUUCACUUCUUGUGAGGCGACAAGGGCUCUUCCAACUUGCUUGUACAGUUAUCGAUGAGGCUAUCUUAAAUGAAGAAGAAAGUGAAGUUGUGCGAGAAGCUUUGGAAUCUAGUCAAAAGAAGAUUGCAUUGAUGAGGAGUGCUCGCAAAGAUGGUUCACCGAGUUCUAUCCAAUUGGCUUCAACAAGUCGUAUCCAAGUGCCUUCUUUUCUCAGAAGCCAACAUAGUUUGAAAGAACCACUACAAGUAAGGGCAAAGGGUUGUGGUAAGCGUUUGAAAGGAGGAAAAGAGAAGGCCAUCAAGAAGAUGAGGAAAUGUAAUGGUUGUGGGUUAACGGGGCAGUCAUAUGACAAAAGAAAUUGUCCAAAGCUUAUAAACAUGUCUUCACAAGAUGUUAGGUUGAGUGGUGCCGAGGAUGAUGAUGACGACGACGACGACGACGUUGACGAUGAGUAUGAACGACUGAAUGAUAUUGUGGGAAAUGUAUCUUAUGUAGCUCCUGAAAUUCUACAUAGUGUAUGGCUAUAUUGUCUGAGUAGUGUAGCUUGCUUUUCAUGUGGUCUACAGUAA